AUGCUGGACGGUUUCGUGAUGCUGCUAAAACUGAGAUGCCUCGCCUGCGUUGGAAUAUUUCUUUCGGAGUGUCUGUAUGCGACAGACAUUCGAACAGUGUAUGUGAAGACGAUGGACGGUACGCUGCGUGGAUUCGCCUCCACAGUUUUGCAAAAACCUAUCAUCACAUUUUUGGGCGUACCAUUUGCCACACCCCCGGUGGCAGACUUAAGAUUUAAGCCUCCAAUUCCUCCAAAACCUUGGAAAGGCAUCAGAGAGGCAACGAAACCGGCUCCGACGUGCAUUCAACCUCUUCCAGAAAAAUGGCAAAAGACCGAUCCAAUGACUCGAGUUUGGCUAAACACAACAGAGAUGAGUGAAGAUUGCCUCUACUUGAAUAUCUGGACAAAUGCAAUCAAUGUGAGCAGCAGCAGCAGCAGCAGUGGUGGUGGUGGUGGUGAAGAUAUUGGCGGUCUGAUGCCGUCUGACGAUGUCCUGGACUCGUCAUUUAAUUGGUCACGUCGUCGGAGCAUCCAGCCAACACCCAACUUCCAGCAACUCAACGGACGUCCAGUGAUGGUUUGGAUUCAUGGGGGAAAUUUUGUAUCGGGAUCGGCGAAUUUGGAAAUGUACAACGGUGCCAUUUUAGCCAGUGAGGCGAGUGCAAAUAUUAGCGGAUUUAUGAGGGGAUGGUGGGUGAUAAUGGGAGUGAUCGUGGUGAGUAUUCAAUACCGCUUGGGUUCUCUUGGGUUUCUUGCUCUUGGAACAUCUGGAGCACCCGGAAAUCAAGGAUUGUUGGAUCAAGUGGAAGCGCUUAAAUGGAUUCGUCGGAACAUCAUUUACUUUGGUGGCAACCCCAAGCAAAUAACACUUUUCGGUCAGGGUGCCGGUGCUCUCAGCGCGUCACUUCAUCUCCUCUCCCCCAUUUCCAGCCAUCUUUUCCAACAGGCCAUCCUCCAGAGCGGAUCGCCGCUUUCAUGGUGGGCAGUCGAAAGUGCCCAAUCAGCUGUUAACAAGGCCCGACAGUUUGCACAACUUAGUGGUUGCCAUGGCAACGACGAUGAAGUCGAGGCCUGUUUACGAUCCGUUGAGGCUGGAACCCUAGUUGUAAAUCAAUGGAAAAUGCAUCUUCUCCCCGAGAUGCCUUCGACAACUCGGGAGCAUCGAAUAGCGCGUCUCUAUAGUCGCCGAUACAACCCAGAGAUUCUGGGAACAGCCGGAUUGUUUUUCAACAUUACAUUUAGACCCGUUGUACAGGAGCCAUUUUUGCCAAGAUGGCCAUACCAAAUUAUAGGUUCGAAUCGUGAAGCCCUGCACCAUCGAAUUCUCCUUGGCGUCAAUAAAGAUGAAGGCACAUAUGAAAUAAUUUACGGGCUUCGAAAGUACUUUCUUUCGGAUGGAAAUACACCAAAGUUGCCUAAAGUGUUCGCAUCCGACCACGCUGGAAUGGACCCGUUGGACAUCCUGGCCUUUUACAUCAUUGAUGAGGAUUUCCUGCACCCACUGCUGCUCCAAGCCACCGCAUUCGAGUACCAGAUACCAAGCCGAGCAUUCUUUUGGAAGGAAUGGACACCACUGCAAGUGCAGCAUGCACUGGCUGAAGUAGCUGGCGAUUACAACAUCAAGUGCCCACUUAUUGAAUUCGCUGAUGCCUAUUCGCAAGCUCCCAACAGUCAGGUCUUUCUCUACUCCUUCGAGCAUCGAUCCAGCGGCUGGACAUGGCCCAAUUGGACUGGUGUGAUGCAGGCAUACGAGGCUGAGUAUAUUUUCGGUGCACCCCUUAACUUGAAGUUCCAGAUGGACUUCUACAAAUUUUCUGACGAGGAGCGAAAGCUGAGUGCCAGUAUAAUGCAGUACUGGGCAAAUUUUGCUGCCACUGGAUCGCCGAGUCUGCAUCCAGAUGAAUUUCACACUCGAACUAAACGCUUCCACUGGAACAACUACGAAAUUCAUCGAACCACCUUCAAGGGUGACCUUGAACUGGAUGGCUCAAGGGAGUACCUCGUGCUUGAUUUACCCAAUCCCCACAUCGCACGCAAUUUAAAACGUCAUCGAUGUCUUUUCUGGCGAGAACAGCUGCCUAUGUUAAGGCAACGGCUUGUUCCAAAUUCACGUUGUCAAGUCAAUCGGGCAAAAGAGGCUGAGCUAAAGCAGGUUGAAAAGCCAGCUUCGCAGCCAUUGCAAGCUCCACGACCCACGGAAUGGGAGGUUGGUGCAUUCCUAGGCAUAACCUCCGCGGCCACAGCAACUACAAGUGCAAUCACGCUGCUUGCUCUUGCAUGCAAUAUACCACCUACUUAUUUGUUUUUCAGUAGCAGCUUUUAA